AUGAGAUCUCAAAUACUUUCGUUGGCAGCUACUGCACUUACUUUGUCCCAAAUCGUUGUGGGACAGACAAGUACUGACUGCAACCCUUUGAACUCAACAUGCCCAAGUGACACUGCUCUUGGAAAAACUAUAACGGUCGACUUUACCGAGGGAGAAAGUUCAGAAUUCUCUGCCGACACAGGAACUACCAUGACCUACGGCACAAACGGCGCCGAGUUUAUCAUCUCGUCGGAUGGCACAGCUAAAACGAUCAUCACAAACAACUACAUAUUCUUUGGGAAAGUGUCGGUAGCGCUCCGAGCAGCAAACGGAACGGGUAUUAUUAGCAGUUUCGUCAUGGAGUCUGAUGACCUCGAUGAGAUUGAUUGGGAAUGGCUUGGCGGAAACUCAACCAUGGUGGAAACCAACUAUUUCGGAAAAGACAACACGACAAGCUACGAUCGUUCCACAUCUCCCGCCGUCAGCGAACCCCAAGAUACAUGGCACAUCUACACCAUCGACUGGACCUCCGCUUCUAUAAUCUGGUCCAUCGAUUCCGUCGUCGUCCGCACCCUCUACUACGCCGACGCCCUGGACGGUGCAAACUUCCCCCAAACUCCCAUGCGCAUCAAGCUCGGCAACUGGGUCGGCGGCGCCGCAGACGAAAGCGAAGGAACCAUAGAAUGGGCGGGCGGAUCCUCGGAUUUGACUCAAGCUCCCUUCACUAUGUAUGUGAAGAAUAUCACCAUCCAGGAUUACACGACCAAUGGCACCAGUUACUCCUAUGGCGAUAUGACGGGAAGCUACUCGUCCAUUAUAAUCAACAACAACUCCACGUCUACCAAUACCUCCUAUAGCGCUGGGGAGACUGUCGGGAGCAACUCUAGUUCGACUGCAAGUUCGACUUCGAGCAGCUCCAACUCGUCAUCGAGCUCGAGCAGUGUGCCCGUGUCUAGUGGGCGAUCAAACCAACCUGGCUGCCUUUUCGCAUUGCUGGGACUUGGUUGUGCUGCUUCCUUGUUUCUAUAA